AUGGGAGAAGGUUUCUAUACUGUUGCAGACGACAAGGGGUUUCUUUUGGUAGGUUGGGUGGUUCCAGUUAAACGCGUUAUCAGACAACUCAGAUGCAGCGGUGAAUUUUUCAUCUGUAGUGCUAUAACUCACCAGUGGUUUAGCCUCCCUUCCUCUCCUCCUGAGCCUUUUGUCGUAGAAAGUGUGGGUUUUGUGACAUUAGAAGAAUCUGAAAGGUUUUUGACUACUUACAAAGUGGUAGUUCUACUUCUACGGUUGAAAAUGUUGCCGUUGGAUACAUUGACCUCCAGAUUUUUUCUUCAGAGACAAGAAUUUGGGUACCCAUGA